UGAGUUUGGGACGAAUUUCUCCAUGUGUUUCUGGGCAUUAGUAGUCAGAUUUAGCCGUGAUUCACUCUAAGGGUUAACAAACGCGGGGACCCCUUUGCCCGUGGGAGCACUUUUCAUCUACAGACUGAGCCCGCUGUGGGCCGGGGCCUUGGAACCGGGCAUAAAGGUGCGCGUUCUUCCCUCUGAGCGAGGACAGCCGUCAGCGUGGCAUAGUUCUUCCAGGGGCAGUUCCAAGCGGAGACGGAAGGCUUGCAGCCCGCCGGCUGUUUCCUGAAGCGAAGUGCUCUAAACUUAAGGAGAGAGGUCGCAUAAAAACCCAGAUUUCUAGCAUCACUUGGAAAAUUUCUACAUUUGCGUCCAGGGUCCCUCGCAGCAUCAGCGGCUGGUGGUGAAGCCUAGCCCGGCCGGCGGGCCCAUGCGCCCGUGUGGCUCGCUGUCCGGUUGGCUCCUGUCCCCAUGUGUCCUUGUCUCCCGUACGCAGCUCGUUUGCCCCUGAGGAGGGGUACGGUUUCCUUGCUAGCCUGAGAGCUUCAUUAAUGGCCAGGAGCCCCGAGGAGGGUGGCAGUGGGGUCAGAAGGGAGGGCACUCAGGACCUGGCGUGUGGAAAGGAGCAGCUACCUCAGGGGGGUGUGAUGUGCUUGGGGCCAACCACACCGCCUCCUCCGCCGAGGCAGUGCGGGUGGAACUGUCAGAGCAGUGGAGCCUGGAAUUGAGAUGGGGCUGGGGAGGAGGGAUCUGCCUCCAAGGAGGGAAAGGGACAGUGGCGUCACUGUGGGACUGGGCACUGGGGACCAAGGAGCCCGUACACACUGCGGCGCAAGGCAGGGAGGCUGGGCGGGUCUGGGCAGAACAGAGGAGCAGAGCUGUGGGGUCAGGGCGGGUCACCUGGUAGAUAGGAGGACACGGCGCAAGUCAGAGCUGAGCACGAGCUGCUCCCCGGGGAGUAGCGGGGGGCGGGGAGUGGGGUGACACGCGACCAGGGCCGGCACCUGCCAGGACGCCGUUGUUUUCACUCGGGGGACUUCUGUGACAAUUUCCGCUUUGAUCUUCUCCUCCUGCCUCGUGUCCUCCAGUCUGUUUCAGCCGUCACCUCCUAGGAGCGAGGACAUUUGCCCCCCUCAGCACCAUGCCCUAGUCACAUCUGUCUCAGUUCACUCGGGUCGCCCCAACGAAAGACUGCACACCGGGUAGCGUAGAAAGAGCAGAGCUUUAUUUUGUCGACUUCUGGAAGCUGGAAGUCAAAGACCAAGGCCCCGUUGUGGUUGGCGGGCCCCCUCCUGGCUCAGCAGCCCCUGCCCGCCGCAGCCUCUUGUGGGGAAGGGGCUGGGCAGCUCGUCUCUGAUGGUUAGGGUUUCAGCGUGUGCAUCGGGGGGACACGUUCAGAUCCCAGUAACAGUGAUAGUGUCUAGUGCAUAGUCCGUAUUUACAAUCCUGACUCUCCCCAGAAUGUCUGUUCUAGGUUUUUUUGUUUCGUUUUUAAGCAUCUAAGAUCGUAUCAAGGGUACCGUGUUUGGCGGUUCUCGGUUCUUCAGGCUUUAAUCGUCGGAACAGGCCCUUCACCGCAACUAAUACUGCGGAUCGAUUUCUCUCUUAAUUGACUGGGGGUCCCCUAAUAACGAGGAAGUGCAUUUGGGUUAAGAACCACUGCUGUGGGGCAGAGGGGCAUGAGGGAGGCUGUGCAGUGAUGCCCUUUAGAGAACAUCGUGGUUGAAAGCAGGUGGGGGAGGCAGGGGCCUGUGGCCUCAGGGGCCCCAAGUCAGAGCCCCAUAAAUACACACGCCUCCCGCGUGGAAAGCCCGAGUGCGGCCAGAGACACAGGCGCGGAUUGGCGCCUCCUUCCUCAAGGGGUCACCUGGGGCAAGAGCCGUGGCCGCCGCAGGCCGCGGCACACCGAGCGCGCUGGAGGCCCCGGGCAGUGUCGGGGAAUCCGAGCGAGGCAGACCCACAGGCCUACACAGCAGGACGGAGCCAAGGUUAAAAACCACGUCCUGAGAAGCUGUUUUUAAAGGCUUGGAAGGUGUAGCCUGAACGCGGGAUGUCUGGGGUAUGUGACAGUGUCGCAUUCGUUAGGUGUUUAGGACACACUGGCUCUGGGGCGAGCGCCGUGCUCGGCCCCCAGGAGGGCACACGUCCUGGCCUCCAGGGACCAAACAACCUGCUAGGAAAACCAGCUCGUCCUGGGCCUCCGAGGCCGGCCGGCGCCCAGAGGAGAGGCUCUCGGCUGCCGCUGGCGAGGUUACACAUUGGAGACCCGCAGACAAACGCGGCCGAGGGAGGCCGCAGCUCUGGCCUGUCGGUCCCCGGAAGUGUGGCUUUGUCCUGUGUGAGCGGAGGGCCUGGGGACGACAUGGGUUGGGCCUCCUUUCCUUGCAGAAGUCCGUGGAAGGCACCACGGGGAGGGGGCAUAAGCACUCACUCGGGUUCUUGGCGAGAGAAGCCCGCAGGAUGCGGCGCCUGGGCCUCCCGUGACCAGGGCUGCUCGCGAGGUGAUGGGUGAGACCCGCCGGCAUCUCCCGAGUCGUCGCUGGGAAGCCUGAACAGCGAGGUCCUAGAAUCUCCCUGGGCCCCACAGCACAGCACAGCGGGCCUCGCUCUCCCCGGCCCGACCACCCUUCCUCGCUCAGCGCCGGGCAGCGGCGACAGCCCCGCGGCUGAGUCCCGUGUGCCUUCUGCAGCUGCAGGCCUUCUUGCUGGUGUGCGACGACAUCAUGGAUUCGUCCCUCACCCGGCGCGGGCAGAUCUGCUGGUAUCAGAAGCCGGGCAUCGGUUUGGACGCCAUCAACGACGCCCUGCUCCUGGAGGCGUGUGUCUACCGCCUGCUCAAGCUCUGCUGCCGGCAGCAGCCCUAUUACCUGAACCUGCUGGAACUUUUCCUCCAGAGUUCCUAUCAGACUGAGAUCGGACAGACUCUGGACCUCAUCACAGCCCCCCAGGGCAGCGUGGAUCUUGGCAGAUUCACCGAGAAGAGGUACAAAUCUAUUGUCAAGUAUAAGACCGCUUUCUACUCGUUCUACCUCCCUGUGGCUGCCGCCAUGUACAUGGCGGGCAUCGAUGGUGAGAAGCAGCACGCGGACGCCAAGGAGAUCCUGCUGCAGAUGGGCGAGUUCUUUCAGGUCCAGGACGAUUACCUCGACCUCUUUGGGGACCCCGCUGUGACGGGCAAGGUCGGCACGGACAUCCAGGACAACAAAUGCAGCUGGCUGGUGGUUCAGUGUCUGCAGCGGGCGUCCCCGGAACAGCGCCGGCUGCUGCAGGAGAAUUACGGGCGGAAGGAGGCCGAGAAGGUGGCCUGGGUGAAGGCGCUGUACGAGGAGCUGGACCUGCCCGCCGUGUUCGCGCAGUACGAGGAGGACAGCUACGCCCGCCUCAUGGGCCUCAUCGAGCAGCACGCGUCGCCCCUGCCGCGGACCAUCUUCCUGGGGCUGGCGCGCAAGAUCUACAAGAGGACGAAGUGACCUGGACGCUGCGCGGGCGGGGCGGGGCGGCUCUCAAUAAAUUAUCGAAGCUUCUUGUGGUUC